CAAUGCCGCUACCAACCACGCUGCAUCGCGUAGAGAGGGUUGAGCCUCUUGGAGGUUUCGUUACAAACACGCAGUCGAUAAGAAUUUGACACAUCGCAUCGGUUUAAUCAAAAAAUAUAUAUAUUUGUGCAAUACACCCUUCUCUUCAUCAAAGAAGGGAAGAACACUGCACGUGCAUACGAAACAGCAACGUACUUUAGAGAAGCGAUGUAAAGCAGACGAUUGGUGGAACGAUGUAGUACGAAGGCAACAUGUUCCUGUUGCUGUCAGUGCGUGAAAGGAGGCAGUAGCCGAAGGUAUUCUGUGCGACCACUCCGAUAGACCACCUUUCGACAAGCACAUCCCACUUUUUCCAAGUAAACAUAUCGCGGAUCAUGAAGAGGCCCUCUAUCAGCAAGACAUUUACGUGGAUGUUCUGCCUGUCCAUCCUUUUAUUUCUGCCGAGAACAAACGCCCUGGAGGAGAAUUGUACGGAUUUUCAGGGUGGCAUUGUCAGACACGGCCUCCUCUACGUGCCAGGACCUGCGGUUUGCAGUCUCUGUGUCUGCUAUCAUUCCGAGCCUAUGUGGUGUAAAGCCAUUUAUUGUACGCCACCAUACAAAUGCAAAAAGAAAUUCCGCGUGGGUGAACGCUGCUGUGAAUUUGAGUGUCUCGACGAUCUCGACGAUAAUGACGAUUGGAAUGGCACGGACGUGUACGACGCUGCCGGAUCGUCCAAGAUUCAAGAGCAGAGUUCUGUCCUGUACCUAAUGAGCCUAAUAUUGAUCGCGUUAUCGAUGGUGCCUUAAUUAUGAUCAAAUGAGAUCCGCAUUGCAAUUAUCGUCGCCAUAAACCCUUGGAUAUAAUUCGCGAAGAAUUCGUAUCCGUUAGUGAUAUUGGCGAAGAUGAUAUAUGAUGAUGACAACAGAAUUACGUACAAAAAAGCGAAGUAGGUUUAUCUCAUACUGCGAGUACGCAGUAUUUUGACGAACAGCAUAUUCUUUACCUGAUGUAGCAAUUAAGACGUCCAUGUAGCGCGAGCUUAGUUAAC